GGAGCGCGAGCAUCUUUCUCCCCAGCAUGCGGACCACCGGGAACAAGAGAGCCCUCUGCCCAAGUUUCAGGCUCCGGGAAGUGGCCUCCAUGUACUUCACCAUGAUUAUGGUUUUCCUGGUCAUCCUGGUGGUGGCUCUGCAAGGCACAGCUCCCCGGGAGAAUUAUUUCCCUUACAAGGUGCCCCUGGAUCCCCAGAGUUUCCUGGAGCUCUCGUGGAACGUCAGCUACCCGGAGCAGGUGGUGCAUUUCCAGCUCUUGAUCAAGGAGCCAAAAUUCGGGCUGCUCUUCGGGAUGUCGGACAGGGGCGAGUUUGAGAACGCGGACCUGGCCGUGCUCUGGAGCGACGGGCACAGUUCCUAUUUUGGGGAUGCGUGGAGUGAUGAGAAAGGGCACCUUACCAUGGAUUCCCAGCAGGACUACCAGCUUCUCAAAGCGCACAGAACCCCCGAGGGACUCUACCUGGUCUUCAAAAGAGCCUUCAGCACCUGUGAUCCGAAGGACUACCUUAUAGAGGAUGGUACCGUGCAUCUUAUCUACGGGAUCCUUGAGAAACCAGUCCGUUCUCUCCAAGCCAUCAACAUCUCUGCCAUCCACAAGGGGCUGCAGAGGGUGCAGCUGCUGAAACCCAACAUUAGUACCCCAGAACUGCCCAGGGACAUGAAGACCAUGGAGAUCAGAGCCCCUGACGUGGUCAUUCCCAGCCAAGAGACCACAUACUGGUGUUAUAUGGUGGAGCUUCCAGACAGCUUCCCAAGACAUCACAUUGUCAUGUAUGAGCCAGUGAUCACGGCAGGCAACGAAGCUAUAGUCCAUCAUAUGGAAGUCUUCCAGUGUGCUGCAGAAUUUGACAGCUUUCCACAUUACAAUGGGCCCUGUGACUCCAAGAUGAAGCCGGACCGACUGAACUACUGCAGACACGUGCUUGCAGCGUGGGCCAUGGGCGCUCAGGCCUUCUACUAUCCAGAAGAGACAGGACUUGCCUUUGGCGGUCCGGGAUCCUCCAAAUAUUUACGGCUCGAGAUUCACUACCACAACCCUCUGGUGUUCAAAGGUCGCCAGGACUCCUCGGGGAUUCGCCUUUAUUACACAGCCACGCUGAGACGCUAUGAUGCUGGCAUUAUGGAGCUGGGCCUGGUCUACACGCCGGUGAUGGCUAUCCCACCUGGGGAAGCUGGUUUCCUCCUGAAUGGGUACUGCACAGAUAAAUGCACCCAAGUGGCUCUGCCCCCGGCUGGGAUCCACAUCUUUGCCUCCCAGCUCCACACUCACCUGACGGGAAGAAAGGUGGUAACGAUUUUGUCCCGAGAAGGGCGAGAAAGGGAAGUUGUGAAUGCGGACAAUCACUACAGCCCUCACUUCCAGGAGAUCCGCAUGUUAAAGAAAGUGGUUUCGGUCUUCCCGGGUGAUGUUCUCAUAACAACCUGUAUGUACAACACUGAGGACAGGAACCAAGCAACUGUGGGCGGGUUUAGCAUCACGGACGAGAUGUGUGUCAACUACGUGCACUAUUACCCCCAGACGCAGCUGGAGCUAUGCAAGAGUGCAGUGGAUUCUGGCUACCUGCAAAGAUAUUUUAAUCUCGUGAACAGGUUUAACGACGAGGAGAUCUGCAUGUGCCCACAGACCUCCGUCACACAGCAGUUUUCUUCCGUCCCUUGGAAUGCGUUCAACAGAGACGUUCUGAAAUCUCUCUAUGACUUUGCGCCGAUCUCUAUGCACUGCAAUAAAUCCUCAGCGGUUCGUUUCCCGGGCGAAUGGGAGAAGCAGCCUCUGCCAAGGAUCACCAGGGUGCUGCCGGAAUCAGCCCCAAGCUGCCAGCCCGCCCUAGGGCCUCCUCCGGCAUCCCCUGCUCUCGUAAACCUAGGCCGGGUAAAGGCAGAAUGAACGCCCGGCGGCCUGCCUCCCCCGAUGCGACGCCUCGAUACUCGUUGUCACCGGACGGGACGCUCCUCGGCACACAGGGUUGUUUGGGAUUUGGUCCAGCUUUUGUAAUGCUGCCCUGGUGGGCACAUGUCAGACUGGCUCCCCUCCCAGUUGUAUGGUCCAUCACACAAAGAAAAGACCUUACUCAAGGCGGCCUGGGCUCCACUCAUGCGCUACUUUCACACCCCCGGGAUGGCAGCGAGUGGGUGGGACACAAAGAACACCUCUCCACACACAUGCAGGCCCAGCACCUGCAGCUUGUCCCCGAAUCUCUGGGAUGGCGGGGAGGAUGCACCACCUGUCUAGAAGCCAAACAGACAAGAGCUUCUCCUACAGCGCCACCAGAGCAGAGGGAUUUGCAGAUGACAGGGUUGGCUGCUGUUUCAUCUAGACCCUAGGCCACCGCUGGGAAGAACUCCGCCCUGUAUUAUAUACACCGAAGGGUCAGGAGGCCCCAGUUAGCCAGGUGCUGUCCAGUGGGCAGAGGGUGGGACCGGGAAAACACGAGUUCUAAUUCCAGCUCUGAUGCUGACUCGCCGUGGGACCUCUGCCUCAGUGUCCCCAAACACAAAUAAUCUAUACUGUGACACCUGCCUUGCAGGGGGCUCGUUAGGGCUAAUGCGUUAAAGUUCAGCACGUACUCUGAAGAUGGCAAGUGCUAUUAUUAGUGGAUUAUUAGCAAUGCCAGCGCUGAGUAAUGCAGGCUGCCACCCCCGCAAUAAUAACGCUCAGGAUUUCCAUUGUGCUUUGCAGCCAGGCACUCACUCCCCCUCCCCCCCGUCCCCUCCCCGCCAUGCUCCUACUGGCCAGUGCUAGGUUAUCGAUAGGGAAACGGAGGCCCAGAGGGCGAGCUGCACUGGCCAGGGUCAAGCAGAGCAUCAGCAGAAUCAGAAGACAACUGCUCCUGGCUCCUAGCCAUGCACUUCCCCUUAGCCUGGGUAAUGACGAGCCCUCUUUUUACCAGAAGCCGCUGGCGUGGGCGCCACAGGCUGAGAGAUGCUGACGUGUCACUGACAGCUCCUCUUGACAUUUGCAGCACAGACCUGGGAAUGUCUAAAAGCCAAGGACAGGCGCUGUCUGCUGCGGCUCCUCCCCCUCCCACUCCGAGGGGCUCAUUCCUAUUGAGGGGACCAGAUGCCAAGGGACAGGAACAAGCGAUGCUUUCGGGCGAGGAGUUACAAGAGAGGGGGCCUCUCUGUCUCUGGCCGGGGAGGGAGCACAAACCACUUAGCAAGAGAAAUGACUGUUAAAUAGAGAAAUGUACGUUGGCGCACACAGCUAAGCCAACAGCAAGACCCAAGGGAAUGGGCCAGAACUUCAGCUGGGGUCAAUCAGCAUCAGUGGAAUUUACGCCAGCUGGGGUUCUGUAGGAGCCUGAAGGAGAAAUCCCCAGAGGAACAGAAAGAGGCCUGCGGUAGCGAAGUGGUGACUAUCUCCUCCCCAGCCACUGCAGCACAGCCCACAAAUUUCUAAGGCCUGGUCUACCCCUAAAAAUGGACUCGACCUAGAGACAUGGCUCAAGGCUGUGAAAAAUUCCAGGCCCUGCGCGAUGUAGUUAGGUCCACCUGGCCCCCAGUGUAGAAACAGCUCGGUCGAUGGAAGGAUUCUUCCGCCGACCUCGCGACCUCCUCUUGGAGAGGUAGAUUAACUCCAUCGAUGUAGGAAGCCUCUACACUAUGGCGCUACAGGUGCAGAGCCGCAGCGCUGGAGCCGUGCCCUUGGAGCGCAAACACGGCCUAAGGAAAGAAACAGAAAUCCCAGGCCAGGCUGAUCGCACAGAAAGGAUGCGCCAGGCCAAAUUCAGAUCCGAUGUGGCAGGAGUGAUGUUCAUGGACGUGUCUAGGCCACCUUCAGUGGUGACAUAAAUCAAAUGGACCUGCCCCUCGCUUACCCUCAGGUCUCUUUACAACAGCAUAAAGGGACCUUAAAAUAUCCCCCCCUGCUUCCCUGGUGGCUGAGAGCUGGCAGGUCUCUCCCCGGCCCAUCUCCUCCCUGCGCAGGAGAGAGGCCGGAGUGCUCUGGCCGGUAGCUAGUCUCUGCUUCCGAGCAGCCACAAGCAGCAGCGUGUAAAUUAGCACAGCCCUGAAUCUGCUCUAAUUUACGCCCCAGAAUACAGGGAGCACAAAGGUGACUUAAAGGCCCUUUUAACCUCACCUGCCCCGAGUGCAGAGAGCCAGGCCUGAAGGAUGUGUUUGAGCUGAGCCGAGGUACUAAUGUGCAGGAUGCCUUCCAGGGCUUAUACUCAUUGAGGGAAAGCCUCUGCGUCGCAGUCCCUCCCAAACACAGCAUUCCCCAUACACUCCCUUCUCCAUGUAACGCCCACCCGGCUUUGGGCACUGCAGGUGCCCGGACAAGUCUCUGCGGUGUUGCGUCAAAGAAGGGGGGACGGGGAGGGACUAAUUUCCAGAACCAAGGACCCAUCACUGAGAAGGCCCGGUGGCCUCCCUCUCCUCUUUGAAACUAGGGGGUUUUGCAAAGGGCCACUCCACUCAGUGCAACAGAAAUGUGUCUACUCACGGGCCUGCAGGCUGGGACCUUGCGGCUUCUUUUCACAGUCUCACAACAGAGUGGGUGGGAACUCCCACGAACUACACAGGUGGUAAGGAAGGGGUGGAGCCUGGCUCCAACCCAUAAUACUCCGAGUCACUCAGUUCACCCCACGACGCCCACUUUACUACAGGGGGCAGUUAGCUCAAGCACCUCUGCCGCCUGCCAGUUGCAAUUGCCCGGGGUUGUCUCCCAGGUGGUCAGACUAAAGUGCUCCCGUUGAGGAAUGGGGCUGGAUAAACAGGGAAGGGCGUUCUGCAUCCGCUGGAGCUUCCGAGGGGUCCGAGUCAGUGCAGAGGACAGUGAUCUGGCUGUAAAUGGGGGAUGGGGUCGAGGGCAUUGGAAGAUGGGUGCCCACGGCUUGGGAAAGUCGUGCUGCACGCCCCAGUGGAGCAUGUGCAGGGGAGUGUCAGCUGAAAGUCAGGCGGGAGAGGAGAGGAGGGGAGGGGAGGGGAGGGGGGCAGAAUGUAGCAGGAAGAGCUGCAAACAGGAAAGCGUGGGCUGGAUUCUGAUCAGUUACUCCUGUGUAAACCCGAGGCAGCAAAAAUGCACCUGAUCGAGAACGACAAAGAGAAUAAAUGCGUGGAAUUGCCAA